AUGGACCCCAACAAUGCAAUUAGACCAGACUAUACUCUACCAGAGUUCCAAGGAGAGCGCCAACAACUAAUAGAUGAAGCGUUAUGGAAUUUUAACAAUAACACCGAGAAGGUGCGCUGGACAGCUAGACAACAACAUCUAGAAGAGGCCCGCCAGCGAGCCGAAGAAGACGAAGCCCAGAGGCAACAGGACCUCAAAGACGAAGAAGAAGCAGUGCGGCUAGAAGACAAGAAGAAAAACAAGAGCAAGUACAUGCCUAUCAAACGCGGAAAGGUCCCUUCCGACCCUACCAUCCUCCCGGCGCAAUAUGUGACCAGGAGAUUGAAAGCAGGAGAUUACUGCAAGUUACACUACUUCACCAACAGAGGCCUCGACGAGGCCAAGAUAUCAGCCUUAAUCGCUGAACCCAACGCACUAGUAAUGCUACCAGCAUCAGACGGAGUCCAUUCAUGGGUUCCCGCUGCAGCGGUCAAGGAUCCCAAGAUGGCCCCCAUCACCAAAGAUGAAAAUCUCACCUGGGAAGAAUUUAAUGAAGCGGCCCCGUGCAUAGUCUCAUUCAUGAAGCUACACAACUGGCCAAACAACAGAGUCAACAUGCACAUCCAAUUCUGGACGGCCCUUCAAGCCCACCGCUGGCAUCACGCACCGGACGCGCUCAAGCAAAAAGCUUUGCUACUCUACCAGUCGCAACAACGACACUGCUGGCACCUCACAGUAGGAACCGCACAAGGUUGGAGUUUAGAGGAGAUCAACCAAGAUCUUCUAUUCGAAGCGAGAGAGGAUCUAUUCAAUGAGAAAUGA